AUGAUAGAACAAAAUUGGAAAAGCUGCCUGAAAGAUGCAAGAACUCUACCAGGAGCAGACUGCAACAGUGACCACCAACUCCUGUUAGCUAGGAUCCAGAUGAGACUAAAACAGAUAGCCCAACCACCAACAACACUACGCCUAGAUUCCUCAACUCUAGAUGAAAAGUACAAGGUUGACAUUAAUAACAGGUUUCAGGCCUUUUUUGAAUGUGACACAGAAGAAAUUCCCCCUGACGAUUUAUGGAAGUUAGGGAAGGAAUUUCUAGUACAAGUUGCAAAGAACACCAUUCAAAAAUGCAAAAAGAUAAAGAACAACUGGAUCUCAGAAGAGACAAGAACAGAAAUUGAGAAACGAAGAUGUCUGAAAGGAACAACUGAUGAAGAUCUGUACCGAAGCAUUAAAGAUCUAACCAAGAAAUUCAAGCCAACCAUUGACACAAUAAAAGAUAAGAACGGGAAUGCAUUGUGCAACGGAGAAGAUGUCAAAAAAAGAUGGAAGACAUACUGUGAAUAUCUCUAUAAAGUCAAUGACAAUUUAUUGCGCAACAACAUUGUGUUGGACCAAAGUGGAGAGGAACCGCCGCCUCUAGAUGUUUUGGAAUGCAGCACCAACAGAACCAUAUCAUUAAUCAGCCACUGUAGUAAGAUCCUUUUGAAAGUUAUUUCAGGUCGUCUGAAAGUCAAGCUAGAUGAAGAAAUUGCAGAUGAACAGUGCGGAUUUCGAGCAAACAAAGGCACAAGAGAUCAAAUCCUUAACUUGAAGCAAAUAAUGGAAAAACACAGAGAACGGUGUCACAACCUGUACAUGUGUUUCAUAGACUACAGGAAGGCAUUUGAUACGGUCGAUCAUGAAACACUGUGGAGAGCGCUGCUUGAGAUGGGCUUUCCAACAUACAUCAUCCAUCUCAACAAAGGUCAUUAUGACAACCAGAAAGCAGUUGUAAGAACCAUUUAUGGUUUAACAGAUUCCUUCAACAUUGGCCAAGGUUAUAUACUAUCACCGCAUCUUUUUAAUGUUUAUUCCGAGAAAAUAAUGCGAGAUGCUCUAGAAGGAUUUGAAGGAACCAUAAAAGUGGGAGGAAGAAACGUGACAAACCUUCGAUAUGCUGACGAUAUCGUCCUUAUUGCUGGAUCAAUGCUAGAACUAGAAGAUCUCAUCACAAGAGUCAAACUAGCAAGUGAACAGGCUGGACUGAUGCUCAACACACAAAAGACGAAAGUUAUGAAAACAGCUGGUGAUCCAGAAAACAUCGAAAUGAGGACCUUACUAAGUAAAGGCACGGGAUAUGAUAUCCUGUCUGGUAUGGUGAACGGUAAAAUAAAUAAAGGAAGGCCACGAAGGAAGCUUGAGAAUGACAUCCAAAAGGUUGUGGGAAUGUCCAUUGCUGAGUUACUGCGACGUGCACAGGACAGAGACUCUUGGCGGACGACCUUCUCGUGUGCCACGCCGGGUCAGACCUGA